AUGGAGAAGUUUGAUCAAUUACUUGGACCCCUCAACCCCAAUAAAAUAGCAGCUGGUACCGCGCCUGACCCAAUCAAGGUCAUUGUAUUCACAGCUACGGGAGAUCAGGGUAGGAGUGUAUGUAAGGAUUUGAUUGGAGAUGGUGGAUUCAUGGUAUGGGGAGUUACUAGAAAUACUGAUGGCAAAGGGGCGAAAGAGCUUACUCAGCUUGGGGUGAAGAUGGUUCAGGGUGAUUUGGGUGAUGUACAGAGCUACAAACAGCAUCUGUUGGGAAUGGACGGAGCUUUCAUAAACUCUGAUUAUAACUCCAUCGUGCCCACCGUGAAUGGAGAUACAAAAGCAGCGACGAAAGCAGAGUACGAACAAGUUAAAGCUCUCGUUGACGCAUGUAAGGAGGCUGGGGUGGGUCAUAUUGUGUAUUCAGCUUUGGACGGAUAUAAGGAGGAAGAUAGGAAAGUACCUUAUUUCCAAAGUAAGGCUGAAGUCGCCAAAUAUAUCAAAUCGACCUAUUCAGGCCAUGCCUCCCACCCACCCAACACCCCACACGGUAUACAUCAUCAUCUUCACCACACCAACAUCUACGCUUGUACCUAUUUCUCCAAUAUCUACAAGUUCAAUUACCUCACGAAAGACGAUCAAGGUGACAAAUGGGUAUUGGGCUGGCCCUUACCUGAUGAUACCCCUAUACCAAGUUAUGCGGUGGAACAAACGGGAGUUUGGGUGAAGAAGGCUUUUUUGGAUCAUAAGACUUGGAGUGGCAAAGAUAUCCAGAUUUGUUCCGACUCUAUCACUCCGUUGCAAAUGGCCGAGGAACUUUCGAAACUUAGUAAUCAAAACGUAGUCACACUAGGAUUGACCAAAGAGGACUUUUAUUCUGAGAGACAUAAAAUGGAAAUUUGGCAACCUUUAUGGUUGAAUUACAAGUCAUAUGUCGAGGGUUACUUUAUAAGGGACAUCGAAGCGAGUCGAAAAGUCUGUUCUGAACAAUGGGAUUUCAAACAAUGGGCAGCUCAAGAUAAGCAGUUGAAGAAGAUAUUUCAUAGUGAGAACAAGCAAGAAGAUAACAAGGUAUAA